AUGAUUUCCUGUCACACAUACGCGGGCCCGUCGUGCGAAUUCCCCCCGCGCAAGACUUGGCGACAAACUGUCGAGCGAGGCCCGCCAGUCACCACAGUGCCGACGCAGAGGCCACACAACCUCUCAGGCGACCUCUGUCAGCUUGAUAAACACACUGGCGAGCUUCUGUCGACAAUCUGGCGAGCAAACUGGCGAUACUCUCAGCCCUUCUCAGCCUCGUCAGCCGUUCUCUCGGGCCCGACUACAAGAAAUACACUUCUGCCUAGCAAACCUAUGAGCCGAAUUAGGGUUGGCACUGGCGGUGAGAUUUCGCUAGGAGAGGAGUUCCCAGGUAUCUGGCCAACACUGCACGUGAAAGAGGUCCGCAUCUGCUUUGCCUUGUGCCUCCCCUCCUCGACCGCCCGACGGGCCCUUGCGUUGUACAACUCGGAUCGACGUCAACAGCCCUGGAAGAGAUCGACUGUACACUGUCAGCUACUGCCGGCACUGUUGCGAAUCACCUCUCUGUCAACACCAGGUCUGACAUACUUGACGCUCCAGUCGCUGCCGGCCUGUCUGUCGAACCAGCUCUCUUCACUCGAGUCAAUCUGUCAGCAGGGCGCUCUUUCAUCCAUCCUGUUGUUACUGUACACGCAAAGCAUGGACGGCGGAGCUGCAGACACCAUAGCAGAUCUCAAAAAGCCUCUUCCUCUGGGCACUCCAAACAAUCAAGCUGCAGCGACAAGCACGAGCGAACGCGGCGACGUAUACGGCGGAGCUGCACUCCCUGCCACUGCGCAAGCAUCGACAUACUACAAAGAUGACAGACCCGUUGCUGGACUCAAGACCAGAACUUUGUCUUUGCGCGGCGAGACAGGUGGUACCGUAAGGAGGCCCAAUGUCUGGGAAGGAGAGACGACGCGAGUGCAACGCAGGCUUUCUCAUGAUGCGAAAGACGCCGAACCUCGCAAGUUCCUCAUUGACGUCGACACGACUAUGCGUUUGAUCCUCGAGCAAGAGGACACUGAUGGUGACUUUCAGCAGAUCUCAAUCACUGAUGCCGGCCCUAAGAUUAUCGCCCUCGGAACGGCCACGUCCAACGGCUUCAAGUCCUUUGAUGUACGGGGCACCUGGAUGCUCAGUGUUCUGCUUCAGGAGCUUGCUUUGGCGCGUCAGUUCGGUCGCAGGCAUAUCGUGCUGGAUCAGGCAAGAUUGAGCGAGAACCCUGUUGACCGUUUAUCUCGUAUGAUCAAGACGAUCUUCUGGCACAACCUUACUCGGUCCAUAGACGAAGAAGGCCUGGAAGCGAUUUGCAAAGACCCCAAGAAUCGCGGAUCAAACCAAGCUCCUCGCAUCUACGUGCCAAUUGAUGAGCCAGAGAUGGCAGCUUACUAUCGUCGUAUGGCCCUCGCCAAGCCCGAGCUAGGACUGGAUGUGCAGAUUCUGCCACGGGAGAUCACAGCAGAAUAUGUACAAUCUCUCAAUGAUAAGCCAGGCAUCCUCGCACUGGCCAUGGAAAGGACAAUGACUGGCUCUGGCGAAAAGACACUAGCCGGCAUCCCAUUCAUCGUGCCCGGCGCGCGAUUCAAUGAAUUGUACAAUUGGGACUCGUACUUCAUCGCACUCGGCCUGCUCGUCGAUGACGACGUGCUGAAAGCGAGGGGCAUCGUGGAGCACUUUGCAUUCGAGAUCAGGCACUAUGGAAAGAUACUCAACGGCAGCAGAAGCUACUAUCUCUGCCGGUCCCAGCCGCCGUUUCUGACAGACCUCGCGAUGCAAGUCUAUGCUCGUCUUGAGCACAAUGCGGCGAACAAAGAGUGGCUUCGUCGCGCGAUCAAAGCCGCUAUCAAGGAAUAUCAUGUCGUCUGGAUGGCAGCGCCCAGACUAGACCCGAAGACAGGACUCUCGCGCUACCGACCCGAUGGCAAAGGCAUUCCGCCAGAGACGGAAGCAUCCCACUUUACGCAUGUCCUUCAGCCUUAUGCCAAGAAGAACGGCAUCAGCGUAAACGACUACAUCCGAAAGUACAAUUCUGGCGAGAUCGAAGAACCUGAGCUUGACGCCUUCUUCCUGCACGAUCGUGCGGUGCGGGAGAGCGGGCACGACACGAGCUAUCGUCUGGAAGGCAAGUGUGCAGAUCUGGCAACCAUCGACCUCAACGCGCUGCUCUUCAAAUACGAGACUGAUGUUGCGACGGCUAUCAGCGAGGUAUUUGACGAUGAUUUCGAGCUCGACGAAGACUUUGCACUUGCGCCCUUUCCCUUUGGCACGGAAGUUCCGCACGAGACUGCACAUGUGUCCGGCGAGCGUUCGACCGGCAAGAAGCAGAAAGCAUCCGAUUGGAUCGAGCGAGCGAGGCGACGCAAGAAGCUCGUGGAUCACUAUUGCUGGAACGAAGGCAAAGGGAUGUUCUUCGACUAUAACACCGUCAAGCAUGCGCAAGAGGUCUAUGAAAGCGCUGCAACAUUCUGGCCGCUUUGGUCAGGCAUGGCGACCCCUCCGCAAGCCGACUUACUCGUGAAGAAAGCUCUGCCCAAAUUCGAAGUGAUGGGAGGGCUCGUUGCCGGCACGGAAGAGUCGACAGGUCAGUCGAGAUUGAGCGGCCCCAGCAGACAGUGGGACUGGCCGAGCGCCUGGUCGCCUCAUCAGAUCCUAUGCUGGGUCGGUCUCGAGCGGUAUGGCUACACGAUUGAUGCUCAGCGACUUGCUUAUCGGUGGCUGUACAUGUUGACAGCCGCGUUCGUCGACUUCAACGGCGUAGUACCAGAGAAAUUCGACGCCGUCAAGCUUUCGCACCGCGUCGAUGCGGAGUAUGGCAACCAAGGUGUGGAUUUUCAGUAUGUGCCUGUCGGCGGUUUCGGCUGGACGAAUGCUUCCUAUCAAAUCGGUCUGACGCUCAUGACAUCGCAUCAACGGCGCGCUUUGGGCGCUCUGACCAAGCCAGAGGUAUUUUUCGCAGCAGCAAGGAGACCUCAUCAUCACAGCGAGGACAAGAUUCCGUUUGAUCUGAGCGCAGACGACAAUACGCAAGCCGAGUAG